AUGAAGGUAAAAUUAUUGGUGGGUAUACUGAUCCUUGGGUUUUGUUUAGUGGGUUUGAGGCAUCUCGUCAAAUAUGGAAAUGGCUUUCCUUUGUUCGUCGCCUCCCAAUUCAUCCAUCUAUCUGGCAUCAUCAUCCUCAUCUUCAAGCUCAUCAAAACCAAGACUUGUUCUGGGCUUUCCCUAAAAAGUCAAGAGCUGACAGCUACAGUGAUAGCAGCAAGAGCAUAUUGCAGUUUUGAAGUAGAAGACCAUACUUUUACACUACUAAGCUCUGCUAUAUUUCUUUCAACUCUUUGGGUCAUUUAUAUGAUUCGCUUCAAAUUGAAGCCUACCUACUCUAAGGAACUCGACAGCAUGCCCCUCUAUUCUUUGAUGGUGCCUUCAGCUAUCCUUGCUGUGCUAAUCCAUCCUCGUCAUUUCCAUCACAGACUCCUCACCAGAAUAAUUUGGUCUUUCUCUUUCUACUUGGGCGCCAUCUCUGUGCUUCCUCAGCUUCGUUUAAUGCAGAAUGCAAAGAUGGUGGAACCCUUUACCGCAUAUUAUGUGUUUGCAUUGGGCGUGGGAAGAUUUCUCAAUUGUGGUUCUUGGAUCAUUCAUAUUUAUGAGACUGGGGGACAGUAUCUAAUGCUCCCCAGCAACUGGACGCAGUUGUGGGUUCUGAUGGUUCUUCUUUCAGAAUUUGUUGAUGCCUUUAUCUUGGCUGAUUUUUGUUACUACUAUCUCAAAAGUGUCAUGUACCAGCAACUGCUUCUGGAGCUCUCUUCACCCUCCUAUUCGCUUGGAAGGGGAAAAAACAUUUGA